UUUUCUUGCCGCCGCGGAAACCUAUUUAAUGGCCCCAAAUUUCAACAUCUCUUAUAUGUCUCUGUCUGUAGCCUUACAAAACUCACUCUCAUAAAAAAACCUAAAAAAUCUCUACCUCUCCGUCGAAACCCGGAUCCGAAUAAGAUGACCCGAUUACCAUUCCUGACCCUCCUCUUGGUUUCGCUUUUCGUUUUAACCUUAGAAGCGAAAACCAAGGACCUCUACAAGGUUCUUGGGGUCGAGAAAACUGCAAGCCAACGGGAAAUUCAGAAAGCUUUCCACAAGCUCUCUCUUCAAUAUCACCCAGACAAGAAUAAAAAUAAGGGUGCUCAGGAGAAGUUUGCUGAAAUUAAUAAUGCGUACGAGAUUUUAUCUGAUGAAGAAAAGAGAAAGAAUUAUGAUAUGUAUGGGGAUGAGAAGGCUAGUCCUAGAUUUGAUGCUGGCCAUUCACAGGACAAUGAUGGAUAUACUUACUUCACAAGUGGUGGUGGUGGACCAGGACAUGGUCAGAAUACUUUCAGACCUGGUGAAUGGCAGAGUAUGGGGGGGAGUGGAGGCUCCAAGUCAUUUUCGUUUUCCUUUGGUGGCUCUGGUGGUCCAGGCUCAUUUGGUUUUGGCUUGAAUGAUAUUUUUUCCAACUUUUUUGGCAGUGAUACAAAAGGUUGGGGUCAGUUUGGUGGUUUUGGUGGUUCAACCAGGUCUCAAUCUGGCCCUAGGAGUUCCUCAAAGAACAUAAGGACCAUAAAUUCACAGGUCUUUCAGAAAGAAAUAACUGAACAAGGGAUGACUUGGCUUUUGUUCUCGUACACACCCUCAUUGAAGGGGAAUCAACAUAUUGAGUCAAUCUUAGAGGAGGUAGCCAGUACACUGGAGGGAGCUUUACAGGUUGGAAGCAUAAACUGUGAAACAGAACUGUCUUUCUGUAAGGACCUUGGCAUAUAUCCCCGUAGAGCACCCAGGGUAUUUAUUUAUUCAUACAUAUCAAGUGACAAGGGUUCUUUGGUGGAGUACAAUGGUGAGUUGGCUGUGCAGGAUUUGAAAUCAUUCUGCCAAGAACACUUGCCAAGAUUUUCAAAACGAGUUGACCUGAGGCAUUUUGAGUUUCCCUCUGUGACCAGUGAAAAAUUACCUAGGGUCAUACUUCUUUCCACCAAAAAGGAUACACCUGUUAUCUGGCGUGUCCUCAGUGGGUUGUAUCGCAAGCGCUUCAUUCUAUAUGAUGCACAGGUUCAAGAUGUUACUGAUCCGACUGGGAGAAGGUUAGGAGUUGAUGCACUUCCGGCCAUAGUUGGUUGGCUAUCAAAUGGGGAGAAGCAUGUCCUAAAAACAGGGAUCUCUGUGAAAGACAUCAAAUCUGCAGUUAAUGAUCUUAGUAUCUUACUUGACGGUUUUGAGAAAAAGAACAAGAAGGAAGGAACCAGAAAGGCAAAAACUAGUACAGAGGAGAAGCAGAUACCUCUGCUGACGGGUUCUAAUUUUGAUGCUCUAUGUGGAGAAUCAACUCCCGUUUGCAUUAUUGGUGCUUUCAGAUCUUCCAGAGCAAGGGAGAAGCUGGAAUCAAUCCUAUCUAUGGUUUCUCAGAAAUCACUCACGAGGCGACAAAAUUCAGCCUUCGGUUCAAGGGAUUCCAUUUCCUACGCACUCUUAGAUGCCACCAAGCAGUCAGCAUUCUUAAAUGCAUUUGACAAAGCAGGAUUUAAAUCAGUUGAUAAGCUCUUAGUGGCCUACAAACCACGGAAGAGGAAGUUUGCAUCGUUUGUUGGUGAAAUGACGAUAGAAGAAGUAGAGAGGUUUAUUGGCUCUGUUCUUAAUGGGGACAUACAGUUUAGGGAAACAAGAAAGAAGCCGGUCCUUAAGCAAGAGAGCUAAUUGUAAAAUACUUGUACAUAGUUCAGAGUGAUAGUGUCAUUUAUCUUAAGAGUACAGUAGAAAUACAGAUCAUUGGGACUAAAGCAAAGAGUCAGCAAAGAGAUACAUUUUGGUUUAGCCCCACAUAUAGCCUUUAGCCAUUAGGGCCUAUUUGGAUUGAGGGAGGAGGAGGAGGAGGAGAGGAGGGGAGUAGCGUAGAGUUGGAUGGAUCAUUAAUUAGGUAGAAGCAUUUAGUUGUCAUGUAAAAGUGCAGUUACAAGAGAUUUGCAGAAUGGGUGGGAAAAUCCCUGGCCCUAUAGAAGGGGUUUUUGUUACAAAGAUGAUAAAGAGUUUUCAUACAUAAGUUCAGAUGUAUGAAAUCUAAUUUUUUUU